UGAAGCUGUUUGCUAACGGGAGGGGCUGUCAGUCGAAGAAGCGACAGGUGAAUGAUUUACAACCUCCAGUUUUCACCUGUCCAACAGUCAAUUAACUUAAUGAAACCGAAGGUGAACCUGUUCAGCUGUUUCUGACAGCUUUGGGCUUUCAACGAAAAUUGACCUUUUGUUACUUAAAUUGUGGCCAAGGGGACGAAACCACAACGGAGGAGCUUUGCUCAGCAGGUCAGUUGCAGGUAGAGCAGCAACACCAAAGCAGGGACCAUGUUGUCGGCGGAGGAGAUCCUGUGCAGCACACAGCAAGUGAUCGCUGGGCUGGAAGCUCUGAGAGGGGAGAACUGCAGCCUGCUGGGGAACCUACAGGAGGCGAUGGAGAGCCGGCCGGCAUCUGAAAGUGGCGGCUUGGAGCAGGAGAAGAGCAGCAUCAUCCAAAAGUCACUGGAGAAGAUCGAGUUGGGGCUGAGCGAGGCGCAGGUGAUGAUGGCUUUGUCGGCUCAUCUCGGUUCCCUGGAGGCAGAGAAGCAAAAGCUGCGAGCUCAAGUGCGUCGUCUUGUUCAGGAGAACCAGUGGCUGAGGGACGAGCUGGCCAGCGCUCAGCAGCGGCUGCAGGACAAGGAGCAGGAGGUGGUCACCCUGGAGGAGCAAAACAAACACCUGCAGUUCAUGUCCUCCAUACGCAAAUACGACCAGGAUGAGCCUCCUUUGGACGAGAAAGAAACCUCCUCCAACAAGGAGUCUCUGGAUGAUUUGUUUCCUGCAGAGGAUGAGGAACAGUCUCAGAUGUCCCAGCCUCACCACAGCAGUGCAGCCGCCGCCGCACAGCAGGGUGGCUACGAGAUCCCGGCCCGCCUUCGAACGCUCCACAACCUGGUCAUCCAGUACGCAUCUCAGGGACGGUAUGAGGUCGCCGUGCCGCUCUGCAAACAGGCUUUGGAAGACCUGGAGAAGUCCUCAGGCCACACCCACCCGGAUGUAGCAACCAUGCUCAACAUACUGGCUCUGGUGUACAGAGAUCAGAACAAAUACAAAGAGGCAGCGAACCUUCUGAACGAUGCUUUGGAGAUCAGGGAGAAAACUCUUGGGAUGGAUCAUCCAGCUGUGGCAGCGACACUGAACAACCUGGCUGUGCUUUAUGGUAAAAGAGGAAAAUAUAAAGAAGCAGAGCCACUUUGUAAAAGAGCUCUUGAGAUCAGAGAGAAGGUUCUGGGUACAGACCACCCCGACGUGGCCAAGCAGCUGAACAACUUGGCUCUGCUGUGUCAGAACCAGGGGAAGUACCAGGAAGUGGAGCAGUACUACGAACGUGCUCUGCACAUUUAUCAGAGCAAACUGGGACCAGACGAUGCCAACGUGGCAAAGACCAAGAACAACCUGGCAUCAUGUUAUCUGAAACAGGGGAAAUACAGACAAGCUGAAGCUCUUUACAAAGAGAUUCUGACCAGAGCUCAUGAAAACGAGUUUGGAUCUGUGGAAGGUGACGGACGUCCUCGCUGGUCCAGUGUGGAGGACGGCAGCUCCACGCAGGACGGACUCAAGCGCAGCAGCUCCUUCACCAAGCUCAGGGAGUCGAUACGUCGAAGCAGCGAGAAACUGGUGCGCAAACUAAAAGGAGUUGGAAUAGAGGAGAUGACCCCGAGGAAUGCUGGGAUGAAGAGGGCAAACUCCCUGAAUGUGUUGAAUGUUGGAACCAGAGACAAUCUGGAUGGCACCCAGUCAAGUCACCUGACCGACAGUCGAGGCUUGAGCUGCAGCACGCAGAGUCUGAACAGACGAGGCUCACUCGGUGGGACCAGUUAACACACAAAUAACGUACAAAUGUUUUAAAUACAAGAAGAACCGAAGGAAUGUUUAAAAACUGGAAAACAUGCGGCUCUGAAUCAACAUCAAGAGGAUUCCCCUGAGAGACUCUAAAAGAAAAAAUGAGAUGGUCAUUGCAAAAUCAAGAAUCCAGGCUGACAGUUUAUUUAUGACUCAUUUUAAAAUAACAAAUCUUUCUGAUUUGUUUAUAUGAGAAAAUUUUAAUUGGUUUUAUGAGUAGACUUGUCCUUAGGGUGCCGUAACACUGGACCAAGGCUGUACCACUAGGCUGUACCAGAAUGGGAGAGGUCUUUGGAGGAUCUUCUUGAGCGUAUCAAGAACCCAGUGGCUCCUCUUGUGUUUAAAGGAUCCACAAAUCUUCCAUAGUGACGUUGUGGUGGUUUAAUGCAAAAGUGGAAAGGUUAUUGGGAGUUCUGGGUGGAGCGAAGGGAGGCUUACUGGCAGCAUAUCAAUGGUGGAUGAGGACAAAUCUACGGCUGUUGAGAGUUUGAAGAUGGAGUGCAGACGUGCUAGCUGUAGCUGUAGUGUACUGCUGGUGACCUCUUAGCAUGCAGCUGUGUCCAGAUGUGCUCCUCCAGGGCUGCGUCGGUGUGGAGCCUUAAAGGCUAGUGGUGAGGUAUUAUUACUGCAUCUGAUUUAAAGCAUUUUUAGAAUUUCUAGUUUUUAAACUUACUGUUUUUAUAAAGAUGGAAGACAAAACAUGUUUUUUUUUUUUUUGCUACUCUUUCAUCAAGAAAGUGUGAUGAAAGCAAAAGUUUAAGUAGACUAGGGCUGAAACAAAGACGUGCCUGCAGCCCAGGGCAGUUGAUGUUCCAGCUCCAUCUUUUACAUGACUCAAAUAUAGUAGUUCUUUCACUUCAGACACUUUUAUGCUUUUUCAUCUGCUAAAAGAAUGUCGAAACAGUCCUGGUUUCUAACCCAAUCAGCAAAUUAUCAGAUUAACAUGGAGAUAUGCUAUGACUGUUUGUAGCAGUUACACUCAUUGCAGUACCUCUUCUAAACAAUAGGUGUCGCUGUCAAGAAUAAUAACACUACAGCUGAAAUUUACAGUUUGUAGACACAAACACUAAUAUUUUUACAGUCUGGAAAAGUUUCCAUACUUUUCUAUCCAUCUGUCUAAAAGUUGUGCUUCCUCCUAUAAUUUCUGGUGUCCUUUGUUCCUCCUUUAUUCCUCCCUCCCUUGUGUCCUUUUUCCUUAUUUCCUUCCUUCUCCUUCUAUUGCCAUUCUUGCCUUCCUUCUUUCCUUGCAUACUUGUUUCCCCAUCAUCCCUCCUUGAUUCCUCCUUCCAGUUCACAUAUUUAAAACCUGCCAGCUGUAGAAAUAUUUGCCAUAAAUUUAUGGUGAACUUUAGUAUACAGGUCCUUCUCAAAAAAUUAGCAUAUUGUGAUAAAGUUCAUUAUUUUCCAUAAUGUCAUGAUGAAAAUUUAACAUUCAUAUAUUUUAGAUUCAUUG